AUCUUGAAUGUCAAGUCCAAUGACGUCAUUCAAAAAUGCCUCGUGGAAGGCUCGCUUUCUGAAUGGUUUAUCGCGCCAUUAGGGGCGGAGUUUGAGCGACGACUUGACAUUCAAAAUCUGACCAGACUGUAUGACUCAUAUUGGCGCAUUAUACUGUCGCCGAUGGCCGAGGUCAGCGUUUCAGGCGGCGGACGUCGUUCGGACAGAAGCAGUCGGUUCGGCCGACAGGACGGCUUCACCAUAGCCGACGAGACUUCCCGGGAGCUGCCCGGCGCCCGCAAACAGCUCAGCAAUGAGAAGACGCGUGGCGUGCCCUCCGACGUAUCCCUUAUCCGAUCAAUUUUAAACGUGAUUUUUAUUUAUUUUUCAUUUUUUCUCUCUCGUCAUUCAUUCCUUACAAACAUUCCUACCGCAACUCGCCCGCGUUCAUGAAAAAGGGCCGAUACAAGCCGUCUUCGAGUACAUUUCCCUGUUCGUUCCCUUGUUUUCUUCCCAAUAUUCUAGUUUUAUUAUUUGUGUGCCGUGUUAUUUUUCUGUCAGUUUACCCACGCUUAUUAAAGGCGAGUGCUACGGAGAUCGGUCAAUAAUGCGCCGUCAAUUUCUAACUUUUUCUUUCUUGCAAUUCGUUAAGGACCUGUUACUUGAGGUUACGAGAUAAGUUAAGUCCCAAAAAGUACACUCAUUUUUAUUUUAUUACCGUAAAACCAUAUCUAAACUACCGUAAUACGACUGGCCGCCUUAAACAGGCCCAAUUACGCUAAACAUUUAAGCAGAAAAACAUGAUCGAUUUUUAUUUUUCGAGAUUUUUCAGCUUAACUCACCUAGCUUAUUUUUAUGACACAUUUGAUUUUUCUUCAAAACAAAUAUAAUUUCGAAUUUUUAGACAACUUUUUCGAAGGUUCAGAUUAUAUUCGAAAAGAAAAUUUCAGAAUCGAAUGACGGCAUGAAAAAGACAAACCGAAACUUCUAUUUUUAGUAUGUUUCUUUGAUUGAAUGAGCUUGUUUUCUUUGUUGUGCGAGGAUCUUUCCAUAUUAGUCAUCUUUGUUUUUACGAUCUAUUCUAUUUUUAGCUCUGGUAGUAGCUCUAAAUUUUUAAAGAACACAGGUUCAAUCACGAAUAUUAACUUUAUAUUUUCAGAACACUUUUUGUCUGACAGAAAAGUGAUUUUUAUUUUGCGGUAGGCUUUUUUUCUUGAAAUUGCGCCAGACCAAUCCUUGAUGUGCCAGAUGAAGUUCUCGGAAGUCUAAACCUUUACAAGUUUUUAAUUUUGAAGAAAUUCCAAAGUCCCAAAAUGACUUAUUUUUGAUGGAUUUCGAGGGUUUUUCUUUGACUGUGAGUCCUUAUUUCUCGAAAACUAGGAGGUUUUGUAGGUUGAGAUUUUUCAGAAUAUGCUUCCGGUUUAUCAAGGAGUGUCAUGGUCAAUAUUCAGAAGAAUUCCAACCGCAAAGUAAAAUUACCUUCCUUGUGAGGAAAUGACCAAAAAAAUAAAGCCUUUUUGCAGAGUUGAAAAAAAUCAUAGAAAAAAGUAUGCAAUUGACAGUCAUAUCAAAAAGAAAUAGGCAAUAAUUUAUUUUUACAUACUUAUUUUUUUCUGUUCGUAUUUCAAAAGAAUCGACCGAUUUCCAGGUGGACACGACAUCUACAACCUCGAUGCUGAGUUCGGACUCUGGCGUGGUCGCCGGCGGCAUCUCGAGCAGCAGCAGCGCGACGACGACGCCUCCCGCAACGACACGACGACGUCCUCGUCGAGCACCACGUCUCCAGCCGCCGCGGCGUCGGAAAAGUCGACGGCCUCGCCGCCGUUCCUGAAGCUGACGGCGUCGCGAGGCCGGCGUCCGUCAGCCAGAACUCCGAGGCGGAAGUCAUCGCAAGAAUCGCGAGAACAAGGAAAAGGCCCAGCAGACGCCGGAGGCGACACGAGCCCAAGUCUGAACCUCCUCCAGCUCCGCGCCACUGAUGGACGUCAAGGUUCCCGUGGUUCCCGAAUUGCAACAAGUCCCCCAGAUUGAGUGCUUGCCCAAUGGUUUUGUAUUUUUCAAGAUGGUUUAUGCUUCAAAGAAAUUCAAUAUUAAGCUCCAACAGAGAUGGGCAGACAUGCGCAAUAAAUUUUUUUGCGAGUUUUUUGAUUUCUUAAAAACAUUUUUUUAAAAAAACUUGUGAAAACACACCGAAAUCAACUUUUAGCCGCUAGCUGUCGGAAAAUACCGUCUUAAGCGAAAAAAUACAUAAAUUUCACUGUUAAAAUCCGAAAAUUGUGUUUACUUUUGUACUGUGGAAACUUUCACUGCUUCCGCAUUCCGCAAAAAUUUGAAUAUUCAUCCCUGAACUCCUUGUUGAAUUUGAUCGUUAACUUUACAAAAUCUUCGUUAUAUUUUUCACUCGUUGACUAAAGUUUCUAUUUUCUCGAAACCACUAAAAAAUUUUUUCCAGACACUAUCGAAAAAAAAACAUUGUCCUUUUACUAUUUUUCCUCGUCUCACAAAAAGCAGUGUUCGCGACAUUUUCGUUCAACUUUUCGAAUACUUCCCAAAUAACAAUGAAUUGGCAGAUGAUUCAUACGCAGAGCGACUGCGAAAAUGUUUUUCGGAAUUAGGUCACGCUUUUGUUUUGCACUUUCUUGGGUCAUAAUUUUUGGCUUUUUUUUUCCUGGCUCUCCAAAAUUUUUGAAAUGAGGAUAGAAGUAUGUCGGUUUCUCGGCAAAUUGAAAAAUUACUAAUAUAAUAGAAUGAUGACAUAUUGUUAAUAGACCUAUAGACAAAAAAAUAUUUUUUUGAAGGGGUAAUGUUUACUCAAAAUCUGGUUGGCUUCCAUGGAAGAGAAGGAAAUAAGUUUUUGGGAAUCUAGUUCUAGUUUUUAGAGAGAAUUUUUUUAGCAAUUUUGUUUGGAAUAAUUUUUUUGAAAAACCAUUUUUCAUAUAUUUUAUGAAAAAGAAGAACAGUGACAUGUAACAAGUAAAAAAAGUGAAAGUUGCAAAAUUUCAAACGGAUUCGGUUAAAAAUUGAUUCGGCAGACAUAGAAGCUUUUGAAUAGAUAUGGUUUGAACUGUUUUUUUUCAGGAAAAUAUAUUGUUUGACUGAUGAAAAGCCAUCUUUAGUUGCCGACAGGAUGACCAGACCCGCAAAGUUGAAAAGGGAAAAAAUGUAGAAAGAAAAAAGGCUCUUUUGACAAUGUGACCGCUUCACAAGUCGCCGCGUUGCGUUCACCUCGAGACGACCUGUCUCAUCCGCAGCUCUGGUUAGCCUGACGAAGUAGAGAAAAAGUUUUGCUGUGGAAAUAUUUUUUUAACUAAACCUUAAACAGUCUCUUUGAAAUUUCGGUUUUAAGGCGAGAUCGUGAACAUUCCGGGAUCGAUGCUGACGGAUCAGUUCGGACUGGCGGCGCUAGUCUCCCGUCUGCGCCAUUUCCCGUUGAGCAACAACCCGUUAUUGUCGUUCGCAACGGACACGGACUACGGGGACAUGAGCAAGACGACGCCCGGAGCCUUCCUCGAGAUGGGCGACUCGCUGAGCUUGAUGGUCAACGGCAUCGAGAUGUCGUCCAAGUACCCUGAGAUGGAGCCUGAGUAAGAGACGCCAGAAAGUUGUAGAUGAUCUCGGGAUACAGUUUCAGGGCGCCGGUCUGGAAGACCUUCGCCGGCCCUUUCCGUGCAAAUCCGCUCUCUGCGAUUGAAAUCACGGCCGAGGUUCAGGAAAAUUUGUUUUUGGGUUUUUUCUAGGUUUUUGAUGGGGAAAAGGUUGGUUUAGGAUGAUAAGGAUAUUUUUUGUCUGAUUUGAAAAAUUCAAGAUUUUGCAUUUUCUGAACUUAAUUAUGAGAAAGAAAGUUAGAAAUGGCGGUUAUCAAGUCAUUUAGAGGUUUUAUUAGCAAGUUAUAGGGUUUUUCCUUAAUUCUUACGGUAACUUAGAUCAAUUUCUUGGUAAAGAUUGGUUUUUAAAUAUUCGAAAAAAAUGGUAGAAAAACUUUUUUCCUUCUCCAGCUCAUCAUUUCAGUCAUUUUCGAUCUCGUAAAUCCAAUUCAGGAGUUCCCGCCGGAGUACUAUCUGAGUCCGAUUAUAGAGCCCAAAGUUUCUGACAAUAUGAUUCAAAAGGUAGAUAUCAUCGAAAAAAAAAGAAGUCCUUAUCAUUAUUUGGACAGAUUGGCAGCCAGGAGCUCCUCUACAUGUUCUACAACAUGCCGCGCGAGCUUUGGCAGGAAAAAGCGGCCCGCGAACUGUACUGUCGCAACUGGCGAUACAACGUUCGCGAGAAGUUCUGGCUCCGCAGACAUCAUUCCGAUCGCAAGGUCGGCGGCGGACGUCUCUACGACAUGUAUGGCGGUUCGUUGAUCGGUUUUUUUUUCGUUUGACUAGGGAAUGGGCUUCUGAAUGAGAUAAGUUCACUAGAUGUAGUUUUUCAAGCUGGUUCCAAAUCUGGUCUCAAAACUGAGGAAAUUCUUCAAAGGUGUUAUGUAGCUAACCAGCAGGAAAUUGGAAGUUGAAUGGAAGCUAGAAGGUCCUGAAAAGCCUUUCGGAAGGGGAAAAUGGAAAAUGCCCAGAAACCUGCUGGAAUGCUUCUGCAAGGCUAUUUUUCAAGUUCAAACUUUUGGAAAGCUAUGUGAAAGGACCUGCUGGAAGAAAGGAACCGAAAGCAGAAACUACCCAACUUUUACCUGAGAAGCUGCAUGUGAAAAAAGUGGUUAGAAGAUAGUUUCAAGAGAAUUGUGAGAUUUUUGUUCAUACGUCAGCUGGAUUCUUCCCCCGGGUGCGGCCUACCCCCUCAAACUGCGGCCUAUCCCCCAAAAAAAUGCGGCCUACCCCCGAAAAAGAGCGGCCUACUUCAGUAUAUUUUUCAAAUUUUUUUCGAGCGCAAAAAGGCUGGGGUGGUAUCCAGCCGAUGUAUGUUUUUGUUUAUCUUCUUCUCGAAAAGUUAGUUCAUUGAUUUGGCCUAGUUUAAGAUUGUCUUCAUAUUUUGAACUUUUGACCAAUGCAAACAAAAGUUUUUCAACUUUCUGAAGGAUUUUCGGAGAGCCACCUUGAAAAAUUAAAUCUUGGCUCGAGAAAGUUCCCAAAAAUCAAACUACGAGGUUUUUUUUCCCCUAAAAGUCCUUGUGAUAAUUUUCUGUAUGAAUCUGACUUCUAGCGGGAGUGUUGAGAUAAGUUUCAUUUUACGAAUUUAUGAAGCUAAUUUUUUCAGGAGCCAUUGGCCAGAAGCACACGUCGCUGCUGUCGAUGCUCCACCAGGUGACGGACACGUUCGAGUUCGGUAUCUACGACGUUUUCGAUUCCGUCAAGUUCAAAAUUGUGAGCUUUUCCUAGUUUCUUGGUUUCCAAAAAUGCAGGCUUUGGUAUUUUUUGUAAAAGUAGUUUAUCGGCUUUUUGUUUAUUACUUCAAAAAGUGUGUUCUUUUUGAAUUUUUUUGGUUUUUCAGUUAUUUGAACAUUUCUCACAUAUUUUUUUAGACUGGCCCGUAUGAAAAAAAUUGAGCAGUGUUGCUGGGAUUUUUUUCAAAACCUGAUUAAAAAUAAAUAUAAAAACGUGUUUUCUACUUUUAAAAAUAUAUCCAACUUCCAUAAAUUAUAUUGCUGAUGGGUGGCUUGAGCCAUCGAAAAAAAGGUCCUGACACGAUGGGAAACGAAAUAGUGCAUGGUUUGUGGAGAGCGCAGACAGGCCCAAGCUACCCUUUUAUCGACUAUAGUCCUCUUCGGAUCCUAGAGAAUGAAAUAAGAUCUGAUUAUCCCAAAACGCAUUUCUAAAAGACCAACCUAAAAUUAGAAAUAAAGACAAGUUGCAUUUUCCAGAUGACGCGCGAGAUGAAGGUGAUCUACGAGGAGCUGGAGCAGAUGGAUCUCACGAACCAGCAGCCGUCGUCGCUGGCAGCGGCCCUCUCCAGCCAUUCGCAGCUUCUCGGCGGCGCUCCCAAGGAUCCCGGCGUGAUCGGCAGUCGCGGCAAGCUGUCGCUGCCCUCGCGAAGCUUCUUCCUCGAGAACGGACUCGCGUCGCCGACCGUCCAGGCCCCGCCGAUGGUCUUCCCGUCGCUGCAGGCCGUUCAGCAGCAGCAGGCCUCGCUCCGUCGUCUCUGA